UCCAUCGAAUAUGUUCUACCAGCUGUUUACCGUACUGAUGCAUCUCCGUAUGAAAUUCCUGUUGAUGUCAUUAUACCCCAUGAUAGGACAGUUCAUAUACAACCUGGAGUUACUUUGCGAUUUGCUGAUGACGCUGGAUUUAUCAUCCAUGGUGUCCUAAUCGUGAAUGGAACGGAAUCGGCACCAGUAAUGUUCGAACCUCACGGCGAGCAAUGGAAAGGAUUAGAGUUUAUAAAUGGAGGCCAUGAGUCAAAACAAGGGAACAAAGGCUGUGGUCUCAUAACUCAUGAUUUGCGAACCGCUAAGCCCAAAUGUCACUGUCAUAAAAAUGAAUAA